CUGGCCACAGGCCUGGACAGGCUCAACAUUGAAUCCGACUAUUCAGAGUCUCUCUACUACCACCAAUUCACCACUUCCUCCGCCACGAUUUCCGAAAUGUCGCAGACAUCUUCUCAAAGUCCAGAUAGCUGGAUAGGUCAAUUCUGCAACCUGGUUGGGCAUGAAUAUUUUGCUGAAGUCAGCGAGGACUUUAUUGAGGAUGAUUUCAACCUGACAGGUCUACAAGCACAAGUACCCAUGUACAAAGAUGCCCUGGAGAUGAUCCUGGAUGUCGAACCUUCAGAAACAAACUCCUCUGAGCUGUCCGAGGAGGAGGAGGAAGAGGAAGAAGAGGAGGACGAUGGGCUACUGGGAGACGAGCUGGACGAGCCAGCACAGAAUGGUGGUCCGACACGGCAGCCCGGUCUUUCAGCAAGCGGCAGGCGGCACGGUCGGUCUUCGUCGGACACUUCGGUGAUUGAGUCGUCUGCGGAGCUCCUUUACGGCCUGAUCCACUCACGGUACAUAACCUCAAGACCGGGCAUUCAACAAAUGAUGGAAAAAUACGAGUUGACACAUUUCGGUUAUUGUCCACGCGUGUAUUGCGCAGGAACGAAGGUGUUACCCGUGGGGUUGACCGACACUCCUGGUCAACAGACGGUCAAGCUUUUCUGCCCAAGUUGUCUGGAUGUCUAUACGCCUCCCAACUCUCGGUUUCAGGCUGUUGACGGAGCGUUCUUUGGAACGACAUUCCCUUACUUGUUCUUGAUGUCUUAUCCUGAUCUGGAAAUUGCGCCAUUGAAGAAGCGAGCACCGCGCGAUUCAUCUGGCCAAGGAAACGACGAUGUGGAGAGCACUCUCAGUCCAACCGAAAACGCUUCGCGUGGAGGCAUGACUGCUAGCCGGAGUUCGAGUCUCACAUUACCACAGCCUCCUGCUAUUCCCGGCGUGACACCCACCAAGGACGAGAAACCACUGGUUCCCAACAACGCCAUGCUCAACCUGCCACCUCAACCUGCGACGAUCAACGGAGUAGCAACAAACAACCUUGCGCCUGGUACGGGCAAAGGCAAGAUUUAUGAGCCCAAAAUUUAUGGUUUCCGCGUUUCAGAGCGAGCAAAGAGUGGUCCCAGAAUGAAGUGGUUACGGUCGAAACCUGCUGACGUCAAUGAGCUCGAUGAAGCCAGGAUAUGGCAUGAGAGGUAUGGAGGAACCGUGGAUGGGGAUCCGGACGAGGAACCUGGGGCCACGUCUGGGGAGAUGGAGGAGGAGGACGCAGAAGAUGAGCUUGCCGAUGCUGAUGGAGACGCCAUUAUGGGCAGUCAAAGUCAAAACAAUGGCAAAGGGAGAUCGAAACGUGGCGACGCGAGCGGUAUUACGCAAGGCCCCAGUCGAGGUAAAGCAAAACGGAAAAGUGCGCAACAACAAGCUGGACAGCAGGAAAGUGAAAACUGGAUAUGAAAUGACUCGAUGAGAUUCUAUGAGGACCCAUGGCAAUAUUGCUCUAUGAACAGAGCCUGGAGUUGGUCUUUCUUA